GCGCUUGGAUGCCGAUCCCGCAACUUGUGGUGCUCUUUGGCAGCCAGACAGGCACUGCUCAGGAUGUGUCGGAGAGGCUGGGUCGCGAGGCCCGGCGCCGGCGCCUCACCUGCCGGGUGCAGGCCCUGGAUUCCUACCCGGUGGUGAGGGCUCCCGAGGGCCUCGGCAGGGAGACAGAUGCGAGCAGGCCUAUCGUGCCCGCCCCUCAGGGUCUUCAACUCAAAAGGCCUCGUUUUCUCUCUCACAGCGGGCCCUUCCCUUACAGCGGAUUUAGGGGAAAGAGGAGCUUGGGAAGGGUGGCUCAGGUUAGCACCUGGAGGAAGUUGGACUCUGAAAGAAGGCAAGCUACUCGCUGUGGCACUCACAUAAGGCCUUCUACCCUAUCAGAUUGAGCUAAGGAGAGGGGACGAGGUUUCAGGGAGGAUGCCGGAUCAUUACAGGUCGAGGUCUUACAUGUGUGUCUUUUUGUUGAGGUGAAUCUGAUUAACGAGCCCCUGGUGAUAUUUGUUUGUGCAACUACAGGCCAAGGAGACCCCCCUGACAACAUGAAGAACUUUUGGAGAUUUAUAUUCCGGAAGAGCCUGCCUUCUACUUCCCUUUGUCAGAUGGACUUUGCUGUCCUGGGCCUUGGGGACUCCUCAUAUGCCAAGUACAACUUCGUGGCUAAGAAGCUGCACCGCCGACUGCUGCAGCUUGGGGGCAGUGCCCUCCUGCCACCCUGCCUGGGCGAUGACCAGCACGAGCUGGGAUGCUGCUAUUGACCCUUGGCUGCAAGACCUGUGGGUGAAAGUGCUAGAGCUCUACCCAGUGCCUCAGGGCCUCACUGUGAUCCCUGCUGGAGUCCCCCUGCCCUCCAAGUUCACCCUGCACUUCCUUCAAGAGGCUCCUAGCACAUGUUCUGAGGAGCAGAGGCUGCCCAGCCCAGACUCCCAAGGUCCCCCAUCAGAGUCGCAGCCCUUCCUCGCACCCAUGGUCUCCAACCAGAGGGUCACUGGGCCCUUGCACUUCCAGGAUGUUCGGCUGAUUGAGUUCGACAUCACAGCCUCCGGGAUCAGUUUUGUGGCAGGUGAUGUGGUGCUGAUUCAGCCCUCAAACUCAGCUGCCCACGUCCAGCAGUUCUGCCAGGUGCUGGGCCUGAACCCCGACCAAAGCUUCUUGCUACAGCCGCAGGAGUCAGGUGUCCCCUGCCCCUCGAGGUUGCCCCAGCCCUGCUCCAUCUGGCACCUCGUGUCCCAGUACCUGGAUAUCACCAGUGUGCCUCGCCGCUCCUUCUUUGAGCUCCUGGCCUGUCUCUCUGUCCAUGAGCUAGAAAGGGAGAAGCUGCUGGAAUUUGGGUCUGCCCAGGGCCAGGAGGAGCUCUAUGAGUACUGCAGCCGGCCUCGCAGGACCAUCCUGGAGGUGCUCUGUGACUUCCCACACACAGCUGGUGCCAUCCCACCAGACUACCUACUGGACCUCAUCCCCCCAAUCCGGCCACGAGCCUUCUCCAUCGCCUCUUCUCUGCUGGCUCACCCCUCACGACUGCAGAUCCUCAUGGCCGUGGUGCGAUACCAGACCCGCCUCAAGGAGCCCCGUCAUGGCCUCUGCUCCUCCUGGCUGGCGUCCCUGGACCCUGGGCAAGGUGACCCAGCUCCCAGGGGUUGUACAGCCCAGGGCUCCUGUCCUCACAACCACAACCUUUCAAGCUUCUUCAUGCCAUGUUCCCCUGCAAUAGGACCUGUCCAGGUACCCUUGUGGGUGCGGCCUGGGGGCCUGGCCUUCCCAGAGACACCGGACACACCUAUAAUCAUGGUGGGGCCUGGCACUGGGGUGGCCCCCUUCCGAGCAGCCAUCCAGGAGCGCGUGGCCCAGGGCCGGACCGGAAACAUCUUGUUUUUUGGCUGCCGCUGGCAAGCCCAGGACUUCUACUGGGAGGAGGAGUGGCGGGGCCUGGAGAGAAAGGGCUUCCUGACCCUGGUCACAGCCUUCUCCCGGGAGCAGGUGGGUGUGUACGGAGGGGGGAUGGUGGGAGGUGGGCAUUCAGGCUCAGCCCCUCCAACCUCCUGCCCCACAGGAGCACAAGGUGUAUGUGCAGCACCGGCUCCGGGAGGUCGGGCCACUCGUGUGGGAGCUGCUGGACCGCCAGGGCGCCUACUUCUACCUGGCAGGCAAUGCAAAGAACAUGCCAGCAGACGUCUCGGAAGCCCUGAUGUCCAUCUUCCAGGAGGAGGGCAAGCUCUCCAGCCCUGAGGCGGCAGCUUACCUUGCCAGGCUCCAGCGGGCUCUGCGCUUCCAGACUGAGACAUGGGCCUGAGUGUCUGUCCUGGCAGCCCUCAUCCAGUCUGAUGGCUGGCCUCCCAGGGCCCCACCUGACAGAAGGGCUGUUGUCAUCUCCAGGCCCUGUCUGUGUCUAGGAUCUUCUCAGACCCCACUGGCCAGGAGGACAGUCUGCUCCCCAUGCACAGCCACACUCCCCCUGACUCCUGAGACCACCUUGUCAUCCUGGCCUCACUGCAGCCUCCGCUGGCCCCUCCCUCCCUCAGCCUGACACAUAACUCUGUGUCCAUUUCUCCCCCAUCCUGUCACACAGGUAUAGAGACCCAGGGAGGCAUGGCCAGCCUGAUGGGCACCAGGAGGCCUGCUGAGGGUCCUCUGCCCUGGGGCCUCCCCAGCUUCUCCCACUACAGCCUAUAGAGACUGUUGGCCAGCCACCCCCGACACCCACAGGGCUCAGGACAAGCCACUGGGCCCUCUUCCUGAGAAGGGCCAAGCCAGUGCAGCCCCUUCCUCUCCUGAUUCCAAGAAAGCCUUGGCAAUAAAUGAUGCCACCACCUG